CAAAAAGAGAGCCCUGAGCAUCGAUGCAAGCCAUGCCGCUGAUCGAAGCCGCUCCGCAAGUUACUCAUCGACCGCUUGGGCUGCAGACUCGACAGCCGCAUGUGGCAAGAAGAGGAGCAAGAGAGCUCUACCGGCGAGGUGUUCUGGUAGUGGCACUAGGCCUUUUCGCUCCUGCUCGCUCCCGCGCCAAGCCGCUGCGCGAGAGCCGCGUUGCAGAGCGCAAGAAGCUGGAAGAUGGAUCCGAGGUAGUGAAGUUGGCUUCGGGCGUGCAGUACCUGGACUUGCGAGUGGGUCGUGGCGAGGUGCCCCAGAUGGGUGACACGGUGCUGUUGCAUGUCAAGGGAUACCUCAUGGAGAAGGGGGACCCAAUCUUCAUGAACACCUACGAUGACGGCGCGCCCUUGGUCUUCUCCCUGGGCACCAUGCCGGAGGGCGUCACGGAAGGGCUGGAGGAAGCACUGGCCACCAUGAAGCUCGGCUCCCUGCGCGCUGUGCAGGUGCCGUCGUACCUGGGCUAUGCCAACGGCCUGGCGCGCGCCGGGGUGAAGCCGCCGCUGCGGCUGCCCAUUCCCUUUAAGGAGGGCCUGCGCUACGAGUUGGAGCUGCUCCGCUGUGUGCCCGCGCCGCAGAACGGAGGUGACAAGUCGGGACGGCUGUGCUGCUCAGAUCCUCAGUACCCCUGCAAGAUCCCCAGCAACAUCCGCCUGGAUGUGGCAGCGGAUGUGGCGGCGGGCGUUUGAACCGAUGUACGAUGCACCGAG